AUGAUGAAGGUAAUCAAAGAUGAAUCAGGAUUCAGAAAGCUACAAGUAGCUACUCCAAGAGUUGAGAAAUAUCAAGAUGAGAUCACAGCUAAUGAAUAUGACAUGGAGACUAUUGAAUUGGGUCCAGUCACAUCCGAGCAAGCGAUUGAUGAAGUAGUUGAUUCAGUCAGAGUUUGUGCUUUUCCUGUUAUCCAAUUGGGUUUGCAAGGCAUUGGAAUCAGCCCAGAUUGCAAUCCAGAGAAUAGGGCAUCAACGAGGCAGCUUUUUAAUUGGGCAUUAGAACCAGCUGAUGAUGAUAUUCUAGACGAGCUUUUUGAUUUGGGGUACAGAGAUGCAAAUGUCUGGACGGAUAGAAAUCCAAUUAAUGAUAUUGGGAAACCUAAUAUGACAGAUGGAUUUGUUCAAUCUUGACAUCAUCUUGCCAAUCCAUGGAAAGAAGGAACGGAGGAAAAAGAAGAAUUGUUCGCAUCUAAAAUCAUCUUGUAGUUAUUGUGACUUUCAUGCUACUGAGAUUGUUUUGAUUCCCUUCCUUGAUUUGCUUGAGGUCAACUGUCAUUACUUUUGAUGUCCUCUGGAUAGAAGAUAGCAAAUGAAGUCAUAUAUUCAGAAGAUGUUCAAAUAUAGAAUGGUCAAGUAUAUGAGAUAUGUAAA